AUGCCUGAUGGUUUCCUCCACUGGCCAUUAUACGUCCCGUAUGCGCUGUACGGCGAAGUCGAUCAUGUUUACGGAUGGAAGGCGUUCAAUGCCAAGAACGGCUUCACUGCCGCACAAACAGCGUUGAAUGUUGUUGAGACGCUCAUGUACUUGGUGUAUUUGUACAUGCUGUGGACGCGUGCGGACAAGACGCUUGAUGGCGCGAAGAGGACUUUGAGUGGACGUGAUGGUGCGUUGGCUGUUGUCAUUGGCUUUAGUGCUGCUGUUAUGACGCUGAGCAAGACAAUCCUAUACUGGGCCAAUGAGUAUUAUAGUGGCUUUGACAACAUUGCUCACAAUACGCCUAUGGACCUACUCACUCUUUGGAUAAUUCCCAAUGGUGCCUGGAUUGUCCUUCCGACCUACAUGAUCUCCAAGUUUGGGGGAGAUAUUCUCGAUGGCUUGACACUUGCUUCAAGCCAAUCGGUAAAGGUCGAAUAG